UGGUGAAUUUGACUACCCUGGCUGAAAACUGUGACAUCGCGUUGCGUUUGGAAUUGCGAGAAUUGAAAACUUUUUGGAAAUCAAUUGGGAAUCAAAACACAACAAUAUGAAUAAUCUAAAGUGGAUGGGCCACUCGUCCACGAUAAUGGACAUCCAGCGUUCGCUGCGUAAUGAUAAUCAGCACUGCGAGGUGGUGCUGGCCUCCAGGGACGGCGUUCGAGUGCGCGCCCAUCUAUUCGUGCUGAGCACUUGCAGCGAACUGAUGCGCAACCUCCUGGUGGACGUUCCGCGCGGCCAGGAGGCAACCAUAAUGCUGCCCGACAUCCGCGGAGAUUUGCUGGAGUGCAUGCUGUCCUUCAUUUACAUGGGCGAGACUAGCCUGCCCUCCACGUCGCUCCCCGAGUUCCUGGAGGCCAUUAACCUCCUGGGCAUCAAAUCUGCCAUCAGCUUUGAGUGCAAUCCAUCGGCUAGUCCACCCAGUGUCGAUGUUGACCAUUCGAUAGCCGUGGAGUCGGCCAAGUCCAUUACAGGGCUCCAAAUCGCUGAGGCGGAGCUGCUAGACGACGAGGAAGAGCCACAUCCGAUGGUCUCCGUCCCAGCCACAACACUCGCGGGAUCUCAGCACCAGCCCAGCCAUUCCAGUCGGUCCUUGGAGUACAUUGAUGUCUACGAGCCGCCGAAGAUCACCUACUCAAUCGAGCACAUGGACGGAAGUUCCAGCGGCAAUCAAUUUAUACUCACCGAGAACACGGGCACUUUCACCAUAACGCAAUCAGCAUCGAGUUUGUCCAAAAUUGAGGCAGAUGAAACGGCUACCAGUGGCGCUGAAGUGGACCUGGGAGAUGAUGACGUGGAUGCGGACAUUGCUGAGGAUUCUGAGGAGCACGAAUCACAUAUGAUAGAGGAGGAGUUCGCGUCACCCGAUCCUCUUAUGGAGCUAGAAGCUGGUACUGAAUUGGACGACGAUGACGACGUGCACGACCAGCUUGUGGACGAGGAAAUAGACGUUAAGCCCCGCAAGCUGGGCGGAGGAAAGACGCGUAUCCGUCGCUCCAUAAGUGCGAAGCCUGUCAAACGAUUGCCCGAUUGCAAGCCGACCCGAAUCCAGCAGUUCGUAGCUCUGAAACGUGAGGUAAAAGACGACAUCAAUGAUGCUUUGGAUCUGGCGGCCGACGCGGUUAUCAUCGAGGGCUUAAGCCUACAAAAGGCCGCCGACCGGUUUGAUAUCUCCAAGACAGUCCUGUGGCGACGCGUGCGCACUAAUCCCGCCUACAUGCGAAACAACCGGGAACGACCAUCCCUGCAAGAGGCCUACGAGCGACUGAAGAAUGGAGAUUCUUUGAAGAGCAUCAGCACUGAGUUGCAAAUCCCCAUGUCCACGUUGCACCGACACAAGGUUCGUCUGUCCGCCCAGGGGCGCCUGCCCAAUUUCGUGUCCUGCCGAAAGCGCGACAAUACGCCCAAGGAUGAGCUGCGUGACAAAUUAGCCAAGGCGGUGCAUGCCUGCCUGAAUGAGGGAAUGUCUCAAAACCACGCGGCCAACCUCUUCGAGAUCCCCAAGAGCACGCUCUGGAGACACCUGCAGCGACGCACGACGAGCCAGAAUAAAAAGAUCAAGAAGGAUUUGAAGGCCGAAUACGGAGACGAUAUGCUAAACUAGAAAUAAGCCUUCGGAGUUCUGGUUUUACAGACGUUCAGCUGGAAUCAAUAAGUUACCAUUAAGAAGCCAUAAGCAUAGCGUUUAACAUCAUGUCUCAUCAGUAUAUGUACAUCAAGCAUGUCCCAUCUCCUGAUGAAACCAAAACUGAGUCCGAAAGAGCAGCAUGAGAUGCUAUUCUAGAGGUAGUUCUGUAGACUUAGCUCUAUAUGUAGAUACCAUUAGCUAUUUUAAGAACAGCUGCUCUUUUAUUGUUCACUCCAUCGUAAUUGGUUAAUUAAAUACAACCAAAAAUUAACA